AUGUCAAAGACCAAAGUUUUGUUGGUCGGCGCUGCGGGUGAAACCGGAGGUUCCAUUGCUAAUGGUCUACUCGAAGAUGGAAGCUUUGAGGUGAUCGCUUUGGUUCGCCCCAUCUCCGUACACAAGCCCGCCAUCUUGAGAUUACAAGACCGUGGUAUCGCAAUCCGCAAAUGCGACCUGAAGGCAUCCGAAGAGCAACUCAUUGAGGCCCUCGCCGAGAUCGAUGUCGUCAUCAGCUGUGUCGGUCCCGCCGAGCAACAGGAUCAAAUCCCACUGGCAAAGGCCGCAAAGGCUGCCGGUGUCAAGCGAUUCAUCCCGUGUGGUUUCAUCACUAUCGCACCUCCAGGUGGUGUGAUGUGGCUGCGUGACGAGAAAGAGAUCGUCUACAACCAGAUUCGUCAGCUCUGGCUCCCCUACACGAUCGUCGAUGUCGGUUGGUGGUACCAGCUGUCCUACCCCCGUCUUCCAUCCGGACGUGUGGAUUAUGCCAUGACUUCCGGUAACGAUGAAAUUAUUGGAGAUGGAAGUGUCACCACCGCCCUGACCGACCUUCGGGAUAUCGGUCGCUACCUGGCUCUGAUCAUCAACGACCCUCGUACCCUGAACAAGAAGAUCUACGCAUACAACCUCACCUCAAGCCAGAAUGACAUCUACAGCCUGAUGGAGGAGAUCGCCGAGGAAAAGAUCGACCGAAACUAUGUCCCCGAAGAAACGAUCUGCAGCAGAGUCCUUGCGGCCCGACAAGCCAGUGAAACAUACCCUUUUGACCCCAUCAAAUUCAUCCCCCGUUACCUCGCCGAAUACCAAUACUCAUGGGGCAUCCGAGGUGACAAUAACCCGGAGUACGCUCGCUACCUCGGUUACUAUUUAACCCCUGAGCUGUAUCCCGAUUUCCAGCCUAGCGACUUCCGCGAGUAUCUCGAGUCUGUGAUCAGAGGUACUGCCAAGGGUGUCUACACCGACCGAGUCAUUUCCCGAAAGCACCAGCGUCACUUUCCCCGCACGGAAUCCAGCGAUUCGCUGUACACUCGCAUUUUCCCUCGGACCGAGUCCAGCGACUCGCUCAUGUCGCGAUGA